CGUAACUCAUAACUCAUAACUCACGCGCAUCUCUUUACCGCAGCUGUGUCCCAGUGAUUGUUUUCUACACUGCCUCUCACUUGUACAAUACUACUCCUACUUCUAUUCUUAUUGCAUUCUUCUCUCCCGAUUCCCUUCUCCUAUAUAUGCUAUUAUAUGUGCCACUGUCACCGUAUUUGCAUCUGUUAGGGUUUUUGUAAUUCUGCAAUUACGCGACGACCUUAUAGCAAAUAUUCAGUUUCUGGAGAUCGAAACGAUGAAAGUGUUGCCAAUUAUAUCGAAGAAAGUGGUAUGAGUACGGGGAAUUCAAAUUACUGGUGGAAUUUGAGAGCUAAAUUGAAAUCCAGGAAACCGAAGAUGGGUGUGAAAGUUGUUAAAUGCAGAUUACGAUUUAGAUCAGCGAUCGAUUCCUAUUGCGCUGCUCGCGAGGCAUUCUCUGAACAAGUCGUCAUGUCUGUUUCCAAUUCGAUCAGAAUUCAUAUUGAACUGUUCUGACCCUGCGUUGUCUUCGUGUUUCCAAUUUUGUCGAGAAUUUCUCUUUUUUUUUUCGGUGUUUUUUUCGAUAUGAAUACGGGUUCAGGUUUAUUGUGGGAAGCGGAGAGUGCUGGAUUUGCGGAGAAAGAUCCGACUGGUCGAUAUAUCCGGUAUGAUGAAAUCUUGGGGAGAGGAGCAUUCAAGACUGUAUACAAGGCAUUUGAUGAAGUUGAUGGAAUAGAAGUUGCUUGGAACCAAGUAAAUGUUGAAGAUGUAAUGCAGUCCUCUAAUCAACUUGAAAGGUUAUACUCAGAGGUUCAUCUGCUAAAGUCAUUGAAGCAUGAGAACAUUAUCAAGUUUUAUUACUCAUGGGUAGAUCAUAGGAACAAGACUAUCAACAUGAUAACAGAGUUAUUCACUUCUGGGAGUUUGAGGCAUUAUCGGAAGAAGCAUAAGAACGUGGAUAUGAAAGCUAUCAAGAACUGGGCAAGGCAGAUACUUAAAGGAUUACAGUAUCUGCACUGUCACAAUCCUGCUAUUAUUCACAGAGAUUUAAAAUGCGACAAUAUAUUUGUUAAUGGAAAUAAUGGAGAGGUCAAAAUUGGAGAUCUUGGAUUGGCAAUUGUCAUGCAGCAGCCUACUGCCCGUAGUGUUAUUGGUACUCCUGAAUUCAUGGCUCCUGAACUUUAUGACGAGGAAUACAAUGAACUUGUUGACAUCUAUUCUUUCGGGAUGUGCAUGUUAGAGAUGGUUACUUCUGAAUAUCCGUACAGCGAAUGCAAAAACCCUGCACAGAUAUAUAAGAAGGUUACAUCUGGUAUAAAGCCUCUAUCCCUUGGCAAAGUGAAGGAUCCCGAAGUUAAACAAUUUAUAGAGAAAUGUCUUGUUCCAGCAUCAAUGAGAUUGCCUGCUAUAGAACUCUUGAAGGAUCCAUUCCUUGCAACUGAAAUUCCAAAAGAGCCUUCUUCUUCUGUGCGGUUACCCAGUCUCAUAUCCAAAUCAGUAAAUUUGCCAGGGUCAGAACCUCUUCUUAUGGACAUAGAUCCUAACUUGAAGAAGCUUUCAGUUAGCUCCAGUGUGAAAAGUGACGAAGUGAGUAAUCUGUUUCCAACUCAUGAAUGUCAGAGGUCCACUGCAAGCAAUGAGUUCAGGCUAAGAGGGGAAAGGGAUGAUGGUGAUACAAUUUCCUUUACCUUGCGGAUUGCUGAUCGUUGCGGUCAGGCAAGGAAUGUCCAUUUUACUUUUUAUCUAGAUUCAGAUACUGCAGUGUCAAUAGCUGAGGAGAUGGUUGAGCAACUUGAUUUGUCACACGAAGAUGUGACUUUCAUAGCUGAGUUAAUCGAUGACUUAAUAGUGAAGCUUGUGCCAGGUUGCAACUCUUCAUUUGGAAGUACUUCAAGGCAACCAAAUAGUUCUUAUGAAUCGGGGAAAUUUUCUCAAAAUGUGGUCAGCAGGCAGCAUGUGCUCCCACACGUGGACAUUAUGAAAAAUCAAGAAACUAACAGAUCUGCUGCAAAUUCAGAUAUAUCUGCUGAAUUUGAUGUCACUGUUGAUACCAUCAACACCAAGGUUAUGGAAUACCAUGAUCACAGUUAUGAUAAGUUGCACUUGUGCUCUGGCACAAAUGAUUUCAGCUCAGAUUUUGGGGUUUAUGAUCACAAUGAGUGGCAUGAACAGAGGAGAGAUGAUAUCAACAUUGUUGAAUCCGGAUUGUUUACGGAAUCCUCAAAGAACUCCGAAAUAUCUUUUAUUGACUCAUGCUCUGGGAUGUCAAAAGAUUUGAGCUUAUCAAGUAUCUGCUCUCUUUCCCUGGCAGACAAAGAUCAAUACGAUGAGCUGAAGUUGGAGCUUGAUGCCAUUGAUGCUCAGUAUCACCAGUGUUUUCAAGAACUGGUGAGAAUGAGGGAAGAAGCAAUUGAAAAUGCCAAGAGGAGAUGGACAACGAAGAAUAAAUCCUAGAAUGAGGUUUUCAGCAUGAGUAGUUUG